GAAAGAAUGCAUCUUCACCAUUGACCCAUCCACCGCCAAGGAUCUGGACGACGCUCUGUCUUGCAAGCCGCUUCCAGAUGGGAACUUCGAAGUUGGCGUUCACAUCGCGGAUGUGAGUUAUUUCGUCCCGGAAGGCACCGUCCUGGAUGACGUUGCGAGUGAAAGAGCCACAAGUGUUUACCUGGUGCAAAAGGUGAUCCCGAUGCUUCCCCAGCUGCUGUGUGAAGAACUCUGCAGCCUUAAUCCCAUGACCGACAGACUCACCUUCUCCGUCAUUUGGAAGCUGACUCCACAGGGCAAGAUCCUCGACGAAUGGUUUGGACGGACCGUGAUUCAGUCCUGCGCGAAGCUCAGCUACGACCACGCUCAGAGCAUGAUUGAGGAUCCAGGACGGGUGUUUGGGGUGGAGGAGUUGCCCCCUGUCUCCCCCUGCCACGCCGUGGCUGAGAUCCACCGAGCCGUCCUCAGCCUCCACCAGAUCGCCAAGCAGCUGCGUCAACAGCGCUUCAUGGACGGGGCUCUCCGCUUGGAUCAGAUGAAACUCUCAUUUACUUUGGACAAGGAGACCGGGAUGCCCCAAGGCUGCUACAGCUAUCAGUACCGGGACAGCAACAAACUGGUGGAAGAAUUUAUGCUGCUGGCAAACAUGGCGGUGGCCCAUCGGAUUUACCGUGCCUUUCCCGCCAAAGCCCUCCUGCGUCGGCAUCCCCCGCCCCAGACCAAGAUGCUCCACGACCUCAUGGCCUUUUGCAACCAGAUGGGCCUGGAGAUCGAGUGCACCAGUGCUGGGGCCUUACACAAAAGCCUGAAUGAAACCUUUGGGAACGACCAAUACAGCGAAGCGAGGAAGGAGGUGCUGACCAACAUGUUCUCUCGUCCCAUGCAGAUGGCGGUCUAUUUCUGCACCGGCAUGCUGAACAACGAGGCUCUCUUCCGGCACUACGCCCUCAACGUGCCUCUCUACACCCACUUUACGUCGCCCAUCCGCCGGUUCCCGGACAUUGUGGUCCACCGGCUGCUCUCGGCUUCCCUAGGGCUGGCUCCUGCCCCACGGAUGGAGAAGGCCGAGAUGCAGAAGCACGCGGAGCACUGCAACGAUCGGAAGAUGGCUUCCAAGCGGGUGCAGGAGCUCAGCGUCGAUCUCUUCUUCGGCGUGUUUGUCAAGGAGUGUGGACCGCUGGAAUCGGAGGCCAUGGUGAUGGGUGUCCUCAGCGAGGCCUUUGACGUCCUGGUGUUGCGAUUCGGAGUCCAGAAGCGCAUUUAUUGCAAC